GCCGCCUUCCUGUCGGUGAACGCGGGGAUCAAGGAGCGCCAGCGCCAGAAGCUGAGGCUGGACACCGCCAUCCUGCAGGGCCCUUCGGAGAUCGAGCUCAAGGGGGCCAAGCUGAUGGAGCAGGGCCCGCCGUGCUUCAUCUGGACGUUCAACAUGCAGCAGGUAAACUGCCUCCGCGACAAGGACGGCGAGAUCAUCGAGGAUCCCCCCCACCCGCGUCGGUGGACGACAUCCGCACCGUGUGCUACGCGAUGGCGGUGA